AUCACUCCAUGCUCUCGCAUACGAUUUUUGUUUUUCCUAUUUUUGUCCUAACAUUUUUUCUGCAGACGCUUCCGAAACCCUAGCCCUAAUUUCCCCGACCAAGAUCCAACUUUUCUCUGAGAUUCUGUAAGUAAUAGUUCAUAGCAAAAGAAUGGGAGAGAACAAGGAGAACGAUGCAUAUGAAGAGGAGCUGCUCGACUAUGAAGAAGAUGAUGAAAAACUCCCUGAUUCCGUCACCGGAAAAGUCAACGGCGAUUCCGCCAAAAAGGGUUAUGUUGGUAUUCACAGUUCGGGUUUCAGAGAUUUUCUUCUAAAGCCAGAGCUAUUGCGGGCUAUUGUGGACUCUGGGUUUGAGCAUCCUUCCGAAGUGCAACAUGAGUGUAUUCCACAAGCUAUUCUGGGAAUGGAUGUUAUUUGCCAAGCUAAAUCUGGAAUGGGGAAAACCGCUGUUUUUGUUCUUUCAACUCUGCAACAGAUUGAACCUGUUGCUGGUCAGGUUGCUGCCCUGAUUCUCUGUCACACUAGGGAAUUAGCUUAUCAGAUCUGUCAUGAGUUUGAGAGGUUCAGCACAUAUCUGCCCGAUAUCAAGGUUGCUGUUUUCUACGGUGGUGUCAACAUCAAACUCCACAAGGAGCUGCUGAAGAAUGAGUGUCCGCAUAUUGUCGUUGGAACUCCUGGAAGAGUACUUGCAUUGGCAAGAGACAAGGACCUGUCUUUGAGGAAUGUGAGGCAUUUUAUACUAGAUGAGUGUGACAAGAUGCUUGAAUCACUUGACAUGAGGAGAGACGUGCAGGAAAUCUUCAAAAUGACUCCUCAUGACAAGCAAGUCAUGAUGUUUUCUGCAACUCUCAGCAAGGAGAUUCGCCCGGUUUGCAAGAAAUUCAUGCAAGAUCCAAUGGAAAUUUAUGUUGACGAUGAGGCCAAGUUGACCCUGCAUGGACUUGUACAGCACUACAUCAAAUUGAGUGAAACUGAGAAAAACAGGAAGCUGAAUGACCUGUUGGAUGCUUUGGACUUCAACCAAGUUGUUAUUUUUGUCAAGAGUGUGAGCAGAGCUGCAGAGUUGAAUAAGUUACUUGUGGAGUGUAAUUUUCCAUCUAUCUGCAUCCACUCUGGCAUGACUCAGGAAGAAAGACUGACACGCUACAAGGGUUUCAAGGAAGGGCACAAGAGAAUUCUUGUGGCGACUGAUUUGGUUGGGAGAGGCAUAGACAUUGAAAGGGUGAACAUUGUCAUUAACUAUGACAUGCCAGAUUCUGCAGAUACUUACCUUCACAGAGUGGGAAGAGCUGGUAGAUUUGGAACCAAAGGCCUUGCCAUAACAUUUGUGUCCUCUGCAUCAGAUUCUGAUGUUCUCAAUCAGGUUCAGGAGAGGUUUGAAGUGGAUAUUAAAGAACUUCCUGAGCAGAUUGACACUUCUACAUACAUGCCAUCUUAGUGGGUUGAAGCCUUCCUAGCAAAUGUUGAAGAUUUGCUAGAAGAUUGGGAGUGGCGGUGAAGUUUCUGCUUUAUGCAAUAUGGUUGAAUAUUGAACCAGUUAAUUUGAAGAAUUGUGGGGAGACUUCCCCUCUGCUUUGGCACUUCUGGAUUUCCUGUACCCUUAUCGAACCUAUGCUGUUCCUACAUUAGCAUGGAAAUGUCUUAACAUUAUGAUACCUAGUAUUGUAGCUAGUACCCAAAUGGAUUAUUCUGCUUUAGUUGUUUCUUCGUACUGCUGCUAGCUAAUGUUAUUGUGGCUAGACUCUGUUCAAAGUUUCUCGAGUUAUCUUCCUCUGAAAUCGUGCCUCUGCAAAAUGGUGUGGCAGCUUGGUGAAGGUUUAGUAUCAUCUGCAGUUGCAGAAAUUCAUUGGGGAUAUCAAUUUGGAAUUUUUGGUUUAGUAUUAACCACAUGAACUUUGGUGAAUUUUUGUUAGUACCAUAAUCGACCUUAUGGAGGAAAGCUCAAGACAGGUUGAGCAUUAUAUAUGUUCUGGGGUUCUGCUAAGUCUACCUGUUAUCAUAUUCUGGCUUAGCUUGAAGUUGUGUUGGGAGUUAUUUAUCUUGACAACUAAUGUUUUAGUGUCCUUGUAAUUAGCUAUCUUUGUAGACUUGGUAGUUGUGAGUUUGGUUAAAUCGACUUAAAAUCUAUGCUCUUUAUGCUAGUUUUCUA